UCGCGAGACGGGCAGGAGAAGCGGAAGGUCAAAGUGCAUCUUCCCUCUGAAGAGACUGCGGAAGAUGGCGAACGUUCAGCUGGAGUUCAAGGCUUCUGCCGCGGACUCAGAGCCGCAGAACCGCCCGGUCCUCAUCGUCGGCCAGCUCGCUAACCUGCAACAGAUCAACUGGACCCAGGUGAAAGGAAAACUGCAGCCGGUGGUCACCAAAGAGAUAUGGCAGGCAGCAUUGGCCUCUCUGAAUCCCAACCCUACGGAUAGUUGCCCGCUGUAUUUGAGUUUUGCAGCCGUGGCGGCCCUUCCUUCACGAGUCAGUCGUCACAACAGCCCAUCAUCUGCAUACUUCCUCACCCGGCUCGUCCGUACCUGCCUGCCCGCCGGCAACAACCGAUGCAUUGUGAUGGUGUGUGAGCGCUCUGAUGUGUUUGCAUCAGCGUGUGCCAUUGCCCGUGCUUUCCCGCUCUUCACCCGCCGUUCAGCAUCUUCUCGCAGGACAGAGAAGAAGCACGUCACUGUGGAGUUUGUGACUGUGGGUCAGGACAACGGCCCGCUGGAGGUCUCCACACUAGAGUGUCUUGCCAGUGCGGCGGAUGGAGUUCGUCUGGCUGCUCGAAUUGUGGACGCUCCAUGCAGUGAAAUGAAUACUGAUGACUUCCUGAAGGAAAUCAAGGCAGUGGGGAAUGAAUUAGGCAUCACUCCAACUAUAAUUCGAGGAGAGGAACUGAAACAAAAGGGCUUUGGAGGUAUCUAUGGAGUUGGUAAAGCUGCCCAGCAUCCUCCUGCAUUGGCUGUGCUCAGCCACACUCCCUCAGGAGCCACACAGACCAUUGCCUGGGUGGGCAAAGGCAUUGUGUAUGACACUGGCGGUCUCAGCAUCAAGGGCAAAACCACAAUGCCAGGAAUGAAGAGAGACUGUGGAGGAGCCGCAGCCGUUUUAGGAGCUUUUAAAGCUACUGUUAAACAGGGCUUUAAGGACAAUCUUCAUGCAGUUUUCUGCCUAGCUGAGAACUCAGUGGGACCUACAGCCACUCGACCAGAUGAUAUACACACUCUCUACUCUGGAAAAACAGUGGAGAUAAACAACACUGAUGCUGAAGGGAGGCUGGUGCUCUCUGAUGGUGUUGUAUAUGCGAACAAAGAUCUCUCUGCAGACAUCAUACUGGACAUGGCGACGCUGACCGGUGCUCAGGGAAUCUCCACGGGGAAGUAUCACGCUGCUGUGAUGACCAACAGUGAGCAGUGGGAAGCUGCUUGUGUGAGAGCGGGCCGCAGCAGCGGAGACCUGGCACAUCCUCUGGUCUACUGCCCCGAGCUUCACUUCAGUGAAUUCACCUCAGCUGUGGCUGACAUGAAGAACUCUGUGGCGGACCGUGAGAAUGCGCAGAGCUCCUGUGCUGGCCUCUUCAUUGGCUCUCAUCUGGGUUUUGAUUGGCCAGGCGUUUGGGUACAUGUGGACAUCGCUUCACCAGUCCACGCUGGGGAGCGUGCCACCGGUUUCGGUGUGGCCAUGCUCUUGGCUCUGUUUGGCCAGGCGUCUGAGGACCCCUUGCUCAAAUCUGUGUCCCCUUUGGGUGCCGCCACAGCCAAAACUGCCUCUGAAGACCAGAUGGAGAGGGACUGCAAGAGGAGAAGACUUGUCUAAGAUGAUUUCAAACUGUUCUUAAUCUUCAAAACAAUUAAAUAUCAGUCACGCCUUGUAAA